AUGACCAUAAAAAAAGCUUGGAAAACGGUUAAUAAAAUCCUUAACCGGAAACAAGAAUGUCGCGAAAUAAAUUGUAACCAUACUCAGAAUGGUCAAAUUUCUUGUCCAAAUGAAUUAGCGGAGCACUUUAAUAAUUACUUUACUGACAUUGGUCCAAAAAUUGCCACAACCAUUGGUAAUACUGAUAGAAAUUUCACGGAUUACAUAACAAAAGCAACAAGUAGUUUCAAGUUUCAAACAGUGUCUGAAACCAAAGUAUACAAACUUCUCUCCUCUUUAAAUCCUUGCAAAUCUACUGGAAUUGAUAAAAUUCGCGCUAAAAUUAUUCUUAUUGCUGCGCCAAUAAUUGCAAAUUCACUGACAAGAAUUUUUUAA